UGUCUUUUUAGUCAUUUCAAGCACUUAGAUUAGUAAGGAUUAGAUUUAAAAAAGUAUUGUCACUAUUUUGAAUGUCUUUUAAAGCAUAAUAGUCACUAUGAUUUGAUGGCUUUAACCUAUUUUUGGAAUUAAUAAUAAAUCAGGUAAAGUAUUAAGUUUAUUUUUUAAUGUGUGUAUUGCUUAGUAAUAAUUUUAAUAAUUUCUAUAUCAGUCUCCUCAAUUGAGAAAAAAAGGUUCUCAAAAUUAGAUCACCUAUUCUGUUGAGCCGGCCCUAUUUCUGUUGUUGUUUGUUAUUUGUUUUUAAUUUCUGACAUGUUUUGUUUCUGUGAUUUGAUUUGUCAAAUAAAUUUUCUCACUGGAUAAGAAAACUGGGAAGAAAUGAUUUAUGAUGGCAGCAAGAGCACUUGCUAAUCCAGGGGAUGGUGAACCGUUUUGGGAAUGGUUAUCUCACCCAAAUUCCAGAAGUGGCUAAACUCAAGUGGAUCAAUUGCUUUGAUAUCCGAGGCAAAAUGGAAACUCGAAUACUGUCGAAAAAAACCAAAUAUGUUGCUUAUCUGGUGUUCAGAUUGAAAAAUGAGUUCUUUCACAACAACAUUGCUGAUGCAGUUGUUAGAUUUGUUGAUUCUCAGAGUCACACUAAAGUUGAUGAACGAACUAGCCUUGUGAGUCUUUCAGGACGAAAACCUAGUGCGAAGCUACCCUCAAAAAGAGGGGAUGGAUGGAUGGAAAUAGAUAUGGGAAACUUUUUUAAUGGUAGAGGAGAGGAUGGAGAUGUUGAAGUGCGAUUGAUGGAUAAGAGGGAUCACAUAAAAAGUCGCCUCAUUGUCCAAGGAAUAGAGUUUCAAUCAGAAUGAGAAGAGAAGAACCAUAACUCUAUUAUGACUCUGCCGCAGAAAGGUUUGAUUAUGUCAUUGAAGUGGAUUCAAGUUGGCUCAUACACCAUAAUCAUAAAAAUAGAAGUAAAACUACUUUAUAUGAGUGAUUUAUGUUGCUCUUAUUUCCGAAGUUAAAUUAGCUUGUUUAAUUUUAUUAUAUAUGCACUUGAUGUUGAUCGUUAUUGUCCUAAAAAAGACGUCUUGAUACACUCAAGCAUGUUAAUGGUUUUAUUAUAUAGACGUUCCUGUUCAAGUUUAAAUGUUGUGUUCUUUUAAAUGUUUUGUUCUUUCUCCCCAUCUGUAAAGAAAUUGUCCUUUGGACAAUUUAUUUUGUGUUUGGGAGGUAAGGCCAUAUCCCCCUCCUUGUACUCGGAUUUUAGA